AUGAGUCUCUCUGGGUGCUGUAAAGAUGGAGACAGUGUUUGCUGUCAGACUCAGAGACCAGUGUCUCCGGUGCCCAGCUGUGUGUCUAUGGAGAGUAAAAACUCCACUCCACCCAAUUUCAGCGGAGAGGCAGAUCAGCUCUGUCAAAUCGAAUCCCAAGAUCGGUCCAGGUGUGGCCUGUGUGAGCAGGUUCUGAGAGAUCCGGUCCUUACCAGUUGUGACCACAGUUUCUGCAGACAGUGUAUCACUGGACACUGGGACCAGUGCGGUUCGUCGGAAGAGUAUCCCUGUCCUCAGUGUGGAAAGAGACCCAGGACGCCUCCGACUCUACACAAUCGUAAAAAGAGAACAAAUGAGCAUCAUAAAGCCACCCUAAAACACAAGUAUGAAUACUUAUUCGAGGGCAACACACGAAAAAGGAACCGAUCCCACCUCAACAGCAUUUACACACAGCUCUACAUCACAGAGGGAGAGAGUGAAGGGGUGAACAAUGAACAUGAGGUUAUGAAGAUUGAGACAGCAUCCAGUGCACAAAUUUCACAGGACACACCAAUCAAGUGUAAUGACAUCUUCAAACCUUUGACUACCUACAACCCAGAAGGAGACAGAGAAGGAGAUGAAAUCAGAACAGUACUCACUAAGGGUAUUGCUGGCAUUGGAAAGACCGUCUCUGUGCAGAAGUUCAUUCUGGACUGGGCAGAGGGAAAAGCCAACCAGGAUGUGGAUUUUUUGAUUGUGCUUCCUUUUCGGGAGCUGAACAUGGUUAAAGAUGACCAGUACAGUCUUCAUAGACUGGUGUUAGAGUUUCACCCAGAACUGAGAGAGCUGGAACCACAGAAAUACGAUGAUUGUAAACUGGCGUUCAUUUUUGAUGGUUUAGAUGAGAGUCGACUUAAUCUGGAUUUCGCUCAAAAAUUGUCAGACGUGACGAUGACAUCAUCAGUGGGGGUGCUAAUAUCAAACCUCAUCAAUGGAAAUCUUCUUCCCUCCGCACUCGUCUGGAUAACCUCCCGGCCAGCAGCAGCCAAUCAGAUCCCCUCUCACUUCAUCAGCCGAGUGACAGAGGUACAAGGAUUCAGUGACAUACAGAAAGAGGAAUAUUUCAGAAAAAGAGUCAGUGAUGAGAAUCUAGCCAGCAGAAUAAUCUUACACAUCAAGACAUCAAGGAGCCUCCACAUCAUGUGUCACAUUCCAGUGUUCUGUUGGAUUUCAGCCACUGUGCUUCAGAAGAUGCUGAAUCAGGACAACGAUAAAGAGAUCCCAAAAACACUGACUGAAAUGUACAUACAUUUUCUUCUCAUUCAGACUAACAUCAAAAACCAGAAAUAUGAGGAGAAAGCGGAGAGCAACCCAAAGGAUCUUCUGGAGGCAAACAAAGAAAUCUUUCUGAAACUUGCGGAGCUGGCUUUCAAACAGUUGCUGAGGGGCAACAUCAUGUUUUAUGAAGGAGAUCUAAAAGAAUGUGGCAUCGAUGUCAGUGAGGCCAUUGUGUACUCUGGGAUUUGCACGGAGAUCUUUAAGGAGGAAGCUGUGCUUCAUCAGAAGAAGGUCUACAGCUUUGUGCAUCUGAGUGUACAGGAGUUCUUUGCGGCUCUCUAUGUUUUUUACUCCUAUGUGAGUAAGAACAUGGAGGUACUGCGAUGGUUUUUGAGGGAAAAGACUGGAGCUGAGAAUGUUACUUUGCAUGUGUUGUUAAAGGAUGCAGUGGACAAAGCCUUGGAGAGUAAGAAUGGACACUUUGAUCUGUUCCUCCGUUUCCUUCUUGGCAUCUCCCUUGAGUCUAACCAGACACUUCUUCAAGGCCUGAUGACAAACACAGAGAAUUCUGCCAAGAGCAUCAAGAAAACUAUUCAGCACAUAAACCAGCUGGACAAAAAAGACGUCGCCUUCGAGAGAUGGAUCAAUCUGCUGCACUGCCUGACUGAGAUGAAAGAUUGCUCUGCCCUGAAAAAAAUUCAGGCUUUUCUCAAGUCCAAAAAAUAUACCACAAGGCUUUCGCUCGCACAAUGCACAGCGUUUGUCUACGUGCUUUUGAUGACAGAGGAAGUGCUGGAUGAGUUUGAUCUGAGUAAAUAUAACACAUCGGAGGAGGGUCGUAGGAGACUCUUCCCAGCCGUGAGGUGCUGCCGAAAGGCUUUACUUGUUGGCUGUGGUCUCUUUGAACAGUCCUGUGAAACUGUCACCUCUGCUCUACGAUCAGUAAACUCACCCCUGAGAGAACUGGACUUAAGUAACAAUGACCUGCAGGAUUCAGAAGUGAAGCUGCUCUCUGCUGGACUGGUAAAUCCACACUGUAAACUUAAAAUGUUGAGACUAGUUGGCUGUAACCUCACUGGACCAUCCUGUGAAACACUAGCUUCAGUUCUGGAGUCAGCAAACUCACCCCUGAGAGAGCUGGACCUGUGUUACAACAACCUGCAGGAUUCAGGAGUGAAGCUGCUCUCUGCUGGACUGGAGAAUUCACACUGUAAACUGGAGAUUCUAAGACUUGCUGGCUGUAAGCUAACUGAACAGUCCUGUGAAACUAUAGCUUCAGUGCUGCAGUCAGUAAACUCACCCCUGAGAGAGCUGGACCUGAGUAACAACGACCUGCAGGAUUCAGGAGUGAAACUGCUCUCUGCUGGACUGGAAAAUCCACACUGCAAACUGGAGAUACUGAGAUUUGUUACAUGUAAUCUCACUGAGCUUUCCUGUGAGAGUGUAACCUCUGUGUUACAGUCAGUAAACUCACCCCUGAGAGAGCUGGACCUGAGUAACAACGACCUGAGGGAUUCAGGAGUGAAGCUGCUCUCUGCCGGACUGGAGAAUCCACACUGUAAACUGGAAAUACUGAGGCUGUCUGGCUGUUUAGUCACAGAGGAAGGCUGCAUUGCGCUGGCUUCAGCUCUGAGUUCGAACCCCUCACACUUGAAAGAGCUGGAUCUUAGCUACAAUCACCCAGGAGAGUCAGGAAAGCAGCUUCUGUCUAGUAGACUGGAGGACCCAUACUGUAGACUGGAGACACUCAGUCUGGACUAUGGAGGAGAGUUCAGGAUCAAACCAGGACUGAGGAAAUAUGCCUGCAAACUCACACUGGAUUCAAACACUGCAAACAAACACCUCUCUUUGUCUGAGGGAAACACGAAGGUGAUGCAUGGAGAGAAGCAACGGUAUCCUAAUCACCUGGAGAGAUUUGGAAUCUGGGAACAGGUCCUGUGCAAAGAGAGCCAGUCUGGACGCUGUUACUGGGAGGCUGAGUGGAGCGGAGUUGGAGCCCGUAUAGGAGUGACCUAUAAAGGAAUCAGCAGGAAAGGAGAGACUGUUGACUGUGUUCUUGGACGUAAUGAUAAAUCGUGGAGUCUGAACUAUUCUGGUGACGAUUAUGUCGCUUGGCAUAAUAAUAUGUACACUCUCGUACCUGCCUACCCACACCACUCCAGCAGAAUAGGAGUGUAUCUGGACUGGGCAGCUGGAAUUCUGUCCUUUUACAGUGUCUGUUCUGAUACACACACUCUGACCCACAUACACACAUUCCGCUCCACAUUCACAGAGCCUCUCUACCCAGGACUCUGGGUCUUUGACGACUCUUCAGUCUUCCUGUGUCCGACAGAAUAG